AUCACUGUAGUGGUCACUCCAUUGAUAGCUUUAAUGGAGAAUCAAGUUACACAUGCAAGACGAUUUACCGACACAUGUGCACCACAAAGGACCAGUUUGAUCGCCGAACAUCAACCACACAAACGACUAACGCACCAUUUCUGUGGUUGACGUUCUAGUUGAUAUCCACACCACAGCAAAUCGAUGGCUCGCCCAGUUAACUUCCCAUCCUUCAUAAAUCAGUUUUUGGAGAUGUUUGCGUUAAAAGGAUAUGAUACCAAGCGCGGUGCCCUUUUUCAUUGCAACGUGGAAAGAUGAUAUCUCAAUACCAAACAACGUCCUGCAGCUAGAUUUCACAUGCGAAACUAAUACAAGAUCGUUUAAAAUUCCAACAGAGACGAUCAACUCAACAUUAAAUGCCGCUGACCGGAAACGUGUUCGAGGUGACUUGAUGUCUCUAUCGCCGAAGACCAAGCUUCUCUAUGUAACUCCGGAACAGGUAGCAACAACAGGCUUCCUCGAAAUUUGUCGUGCGCUCAAUAAGCUCAAGUUAUUAAAGCGUUUUGUUGUGGACGAGGCGCACUGUGUUCUCGAAUGGGGCCACGAUUUCCGGCCCGAUUACCUCAAACUGAGCAAGGCACGAGAAGAGUAUCCCCAUAUUCCCUGGGCAGCACUUACUGCAACCGCAUCGAAAAGGGACGAGGAGAAAAUUAUUUCUUCGCUAAAGUUGCAAAAUGUCGUUACAAUCAGAACUUCGUCCUUUCGAAAGAACCUUUUCUACGAUGUGUAUUACAAGGAUACGAUGAGAGGCGAAGAAUUUCAACACCUCAAGGACUUCAUCAUCGAAGCACUUGGGCCAUGUUGGCAAGACGAGGAGCCACAAAUGCGGGGUUGUGGAAUCGUGUACUGCAGAACACGGCAAGACUGCUACGAUGUAGCAGUCGAACUUCAGAAAUUUGGUCUCGCGAGUAGUGCGUAUCACGCAGGUAUGAAGGCUGCUGAGAGAACGGAGGCACAAGAUGGCUGGAUGAAUGGCAAGUACUGCGUUAUCGCUGCCACAAUUUCCUUUGGGAUGGGAAUUGACAAGUCGACAGUGCGCUUCAUUGCUCAUUGGAGCCCUUCCAAGAGUCUCAAGUCUUUUUACCAAGAAUCAGGCCGAGCGGGUCGUGAUGGUAAGCCUGCUAAAUGUCGAAUGUACUACUCGCUCAAAGACCGCAAAGCCAUCACAUUUCUUAUUGGAAUCGAAGCUUCCAGAUCGAAAAGCCAGCGCAAGAAGGAACACGCUAGUUUCAUGAUGAAGGAAUUCGAAAAUGUGGUGAGCAUGUUUGAGUCAGCUACUUGCCGUCAUAGUAACUUGUGUAAGGAAUUCGGCGAAAAACUGAAGUCAUGCGGGAGCUGUUGUGACGUGUGCACACGGCCAAAAGAAGUUGAUAAAAAAUUGUCCACUUUCCGGAGCCAGGAAUUAAGGACGGCAGUAUACAAGUUCUCGGAGAGCGACUACGAUGAUGUGUACGAAGGCGGCCGCAGAUACAUGAGCGAGUUCGGAGGUGAUGGUAGGGGCGGAGGCGAUGAGGGUGUGAGGGAGCGGAUGGAAAAAGAGGCCAAAAGAGAGCUUGAGCAAACCAUCCUGAAGCAAUUUCAGUUACGAAGAGGGGUAAAACAGGACAAUGAAGCAUUGCGGUAUGACAAACACGGCAAGCAAAAGCAAGAGCGAGAAAGGGAAAUUCCACAUAAUAGCGUGAUUCUUGAACCUAGGUGCUGUGCAAUACCAGAGGUGUCAAUCGAGGCUCGUCAGUCAUACGCGGUUAAACUCCGCCAGGAUUUAUGGUCUAAUUACACCACGUAUAUCAAGGCUAUCGAUGAGCAAAUAAGGAAUUCUGUCCAAGGAGGCCCUCAGGAAAAGCUUAUGAUGGAACGGACUUUCGUUGAACAGAUUGCGUGCCAACUCGAGCUGGAGGCGUUUAAAACCAAAAAAAACAUUUAUAUGUACAAACGGCAAAUGGCGACUAUCUACAAAAACGUUAAGGACGCAACUUCAAAUAGAGCGCUGUUCGAUGAUCUCAUAGCGCGGCAUUCUUUAGACCUCAAAAUGAAGGAGAAACAACCUUCCAAAAAGACGCUCUUUGACCUAUUCCAGGAUGCUGCUAAGAAGAUGAAGAGCGACAAAAAGAGUGUCGAGGUCAUACCAAUUGUUGAUAGCAGCGGCGAUGCUGAUGGUCCAACCUCAUCAGCUUUAAUGGGCUGUUCACCGGCGCACGAUGAAGCGGCAGCAGCAGCAGCAAGAGAAGUCGUCGUCUUUUCAGAUCCUGAAGCGCGCGUUGCGGAAUGUUCCAGCGCCGGCGCGAACGAUGAAUGUGGUACUUCCGGAGAUAAUCCAAAAACAGCCUCACCGACGCCCGCCUGUAGUUUACCACAAGCAGACGAUCAAAAAGUUAUAGUGACGCAAAAUGAACUACCGGUAAGCGAUACAUUGUCCGCCAGAAAGUCAACUUCAAAACCUGUGAUCAAGUACUUUUUUGAAGUAAAUACAGAGAACAAGAAUGUUUGUAGCAAGGAAGCUGGUAAUCAGUCUGCAGCCAACACGUAUUCCGAAAAAUGCCCCAAGAUGGAUUUCAAAACAGGGUCGCAGUUACUGCAGGAACAGCGAAAUCGAAUAGAUUCACAAAUCGAAGAAAUUGUCAGCAGACCAAAACGACUUGCCAGCUGUGAGGAGUCUUCGUCAGCUAAGCGUCGAUCAGUCGACUCCGAACGCACGAAGAAAGAUCGAUGUAAGGCUAUUUCCUUUGUUAAUGAUCUACUCUACCCUGAAUUCAAGCGCGGGGCGAUCUCCAAAGAAGACUUCAAAAUAAUUUGUAAAGAAGUGUCCGAUCAUGCUGUCGAUAGCGGAAUACUUGAUAAAACAACUAUUAAGAAAGAGAUUGAUAAGAAGCUUAAGAAACUGAAGUAUCUUUGAUAAGCGAAGUUGUGAAAACCCAAUUCAAUUACCGAAAAUGCCUUCCUUUACAUAAAAUAUCACGCAUGAUGUAAUCAAGUCCAGAUAAUUCCACAAGUAAAAGUUGCGACAAUGUAAAACCGCAGCAGCUUAUCAUCGGUCGAUUAUGUGUAAAAUAAACUGAUAUAAAAAAAUAAAUUUUUAUUUGACCUGUGAAUGGCACUGUGCUAUUAGACCUACAGCAGCUUAAGGUCCUAAGGUCCAAUACUUCCCCUAGAUGUCAAAGACUAGCUAAUGGGCUUAGUAUUUAAAAUGCAAUUCUCGCAUCUCUCGGCGCCCAACUUGGCACAGCUAUCGGUAUCAUGUCACAAUUUAAAUUACUCAUUGCCUAUACCCUAAGUUAUUUAUAUUUAUAACACCGCUAAUCAACACAAAUAAAGAACAACACCAUCAGAUUGUCUUAUUACUUUUACGUAUUUCACUACUGUUUUCAACUUUGUCAUAUCGGAGC